AUGACUUCGUCGUCGUCAAUUGAUCCGGCAUCCUGGACUUGGCCCGAGGACUUGCCUGGGUCUUGGGCGAAUGACAAUGUCAAAGAGGAGAAGAAACCAGAAUCGUUCCAGAACGACACCCAACCCAAGACGGAGCAACACAAUGAAUACGAGGACAAUCACGUUCCACCUCGGCCAUCUCCUUCAUCCUCAGCAGGUUCUACAGGCCAACAACGUCGCGAACGUCAAUACAGACCACGCACCUGUCGCAUCUGCUUGGAAUCUGUCUUGCCGACAUACCAUCCGCCGUCAGAUUCCUUGCCUGCCUUCAUGCGCUCCGCUCCGAACGUCACGUACGAGAGCGAAGAUGGUGGUCGUCUGCUUCGCCCAUGUCUGUGCAAGGGUAGUCAGAAAUAUGUUCACGAGCAGUGUCUGCAAGCCUGGCGCCUUCAGGAUCCUUCUGCAAAACGUAACUACUGGCAAUGCCCAACAUGUAGGUACAAAUAUCGUCUAGAACGAAUGAAUUGGGCACAUUGGAUCAGUAGUACUGGUAAGCUGAUUGAUCGAGUCUGGUCCUGGUCCAACUCACUGACAUACCAANNAGCUGCUCAAAUCUUACUUACCUUGGCCAUUUUCAUCGCCUCUUCAUUUGCUUUAGGUUACGUGGCUGAUCCCAUCAUCAACCUCUAUCUCGACCCUUACGACACAAUUGCCCACGGCUCCCAACCCUUGUUGCCCGCAGAUGAACCUGUCACAUGGACCGAGCAUUUUGUCAAAGGCUUUGCCUCUUUGGGCUUGGUUGGAUUUGCCAAGUUUCUGCUUACUCUGAGUCCAUGGCAAAUGUACAACAUGCGCACUUCUGUUGGGGGUGGACGCACCACUGGUCGAGACAGGAUGGCUCAGAUCAGCUGGAUCGCUGUAGCGGUCGGCAUCUUCACUUUUACCUGGGCUGUCUGGAAAGGUGUUCGAGCCUGGAGUCGACGUACUCUCGCCGCUGCAUCAGAACGUGUAAUGGACGUUCCUGGCGUAGACGAUGAUGAGGACGAUGAAUGA